GAGGCAACCGUGGAGACGAAUGACGUUAAUAAGAGUCAUCAAUGCGCGCCCAAGUGCUUUCCCUCCCCAGACUAAAGCGGAAGUAAACAAAUCAAACAUGAGCUGAGACCGUAUUAUAACCGUGAUUGCAAAAACUGCUUGUUCAACUGUAGCUUUAGAUUGGGGUCGGUUCUGUUAAUAUCGGCUCAUAAAUACAUCCUAGAGGCAGCUGAAACAAACCGUCACCUUUAACCCACAGCGAAAACCAAGUAACAGUAAAAUCAAGUUGGCGCGUUUUGGAUGAAGAGCAAUAUUUGCUUACACUGACCAACAUAAUGGACUGUAGCACCGCUGACCUGCACGCUAACGUGGCACACGACUCUCCAGAUGAGAGCUCCAGCAGUGAUGAGGACUUGGUGCCUCUAUCAAAGCUGCUGAUGAGGCAACAGAGUGAUGAGAAGGAGUCAUGCGACAAUACCCGCAGCUUAUCCUCCAACUCCAAUAACAAAUCAAAAAAGGACAAAGCUUCAGAUGGCUCCUCGGAUGAUGAGCCGCUAGUAAAGAUGAAGACAAGCCUUGCACCACCUAAGAAACAAGAGAAAAAGGAAAACACACCACCCAAAUCUAACAGCACAAAUAACAAGAACACAGACGAAGACUCUGACAAUGAGCCUUUGAUAAAAAUUGCCAAAAUGUCCUUGAAAGCUGUGAAAAAACCUCCCUCAGUUCCAACCAAAAAAACUGCUGGUAGAAAGAAGAAAGAGUCACUGGGCAAGGACGACAGCUCCGAUGAUGAGCCUUUGAGUCAAGUUGCCAAGAAACCUCAAUCACGGCACAAGAAAAAAGCAGCUGCUGAAAAAGCAAGCCCGGUUACCAAAUCCAAAAGAAACGCUGCAAAGAAAAAGGUGAAAUAUACUGAGACGUCCACUGACAGUUCAGAUGAUGAGCCACUGGCAGCGGUAAAGAGGAAGUCAUCGAAACAUAAAGACAGCAGCUCAGAUGAUGAUGUGCCCCUUGUGGACCUCAUUCCCAAGAAAAGGAAGCCAGUGAAGAAAAGCCCAAAGAAGAGCACGGUAACACGAGGGCGAGCAUCAAACAAGAGAAAAGCAGAAGUCAGUGAUGAUAGCUCAGAUGAAGAACCCUUGAUUAAUCUUGUGAAAAAACCUCGUGCUAACAAAAAACCCAAAACAAAGGCUCCCACUCCGAAGAAGAAGAGCACACCUUCCAGGAGUCCAAGAAAGAAGCCAGGUAACAGUUCAGAUGACAAACCAUUGAAGGCAGCUAAGCAUCCACAAGUGACCAAAACCCUGACAAUCCUACUAGAGAGGUGUGAUGCUGGACAGGCUGGGGCAGCAGGAAGCCUAAAGAAAGCCAGCACAGCAGAAAAACAUGUUGCUGAAAGGCCAGAGAAGGAGGACUCGGCCGGUUCAGAGGAAUCUUCAGAAGAAGAAUAAGUAAAUGAAACAAAUUUCUCAAAGCGUUGUGAAACAUAACGGUCACAGUUAGUGUUUAUGUAAAGUUCUUCACUGUGCUUUAUCUCAAUAGGUGUUAAUUUAUGCGCAUUCUAUUUUUACUCCAGAUUUUAGGUGUGGGACCAAAUUUUGUGGGUUCCUUAAAGAUUUUAUGCACUGUCUUUGAUGCUAUGUUUUUUAAUGUUACGUGCCAAUUGUUUGCAGUUUUUGAAUCCUAUGAGUUUAAUUUGUUUUUAAAAAAGAAGAAAACAGUGUAGCUCUCAUUGCUGUAAGUUACAUUUCAGCUUUCAGGCAUUUUAGCUUUAAGUACACCCUCAGCAUGCAGUUAUAAAAUUUGUUGUGUUGGAAUUAAAGUCCUUUCACAAAGAAAUUCA